AUGGCACUCCCUUUUAGGGAUAUCAACGUCCAAGUCGCCUCCGACAGCUACGUCUUCCGUUCUCCCUCCUCACCCAACGCUCCUGCCCUCACUAUCGACCGACCAUCUGGCGACAUUCGGUUGAGUGAUGGAGCUCUCGUUGCUGGAAAGAGGGUUUCGAGGGUGACGAGCAUCGCUGGCAUCUUGGGAAUCAUUCAGUUGCGACUUGACAAGUAUAUUAUUGUUAUCACGAAGACCCUCCCGAUCGGUCGCCUUAGGGGGCACAUGGUCUACAAGAUUGUCUCCACCGACAUCCUUCCCAUGCGAGAGCGACAGGUUCACGAUCCAGAUGAGGACAAGUUCCUUGCUAUCCUCAAGACGUUUAUCAAGUCUGGUCCGAUGUACUUUUCCUACUCGAUCGACCUUACGAACAGUUUCCAGCGGCAGUCGCACCAUGACAGCUCAGCCCCGCUAUGGCAGAGGGCGGACGACCGCUUCUUCUGGAACAAAUUCGUCCAGUCCGACUUGAUCGAGUACCGAAAUAUGGGCUCAAGAGGUCAGCCAGGGCCGCAGCCAGGUGCAGACCCGUAUAUUCUCCCGGUCAUCUUCGGCAUGCUCGAAAUCCACCCGACAACCUUCAAGGGCACGCCUCUGACGAUCGUUCUUAUAACCCGCCGGUCCCGACACCGAGGUGGAACGAGAUACUUCUCCCGUGGCAUUGACGAGGAGGGGCACGUGUCCAACUAUAACGAGACGGAGCAGGUUUUGAUACUGAAUGACAGCGGGAGUGGCAUGAGCGGUUUCACCGGGGGCAACAGCACGCAGACUUCCAAGACGGAGAGCCGUGAGAUGCAGAUCCUGGCCUAUGUUCAGACUCGCGGUAGUGUUCCGGUAUACUGGGCAGAGAUCAACACCUUGUCAUACACCCCAAAGUUACAGAUCCGCGGUAUCGACUCUGCCUCUCCCGCGGCCGCAGCACACUUCAAUGAGCAAGUUCGGAUAUACGGCGACAAUUAUCUGGUCAACCUUGUCAACCAGAAGGGCCGCGAACAGCGGGUGAAGGAGGCCUAUGAGCAGGUGGUACAGAAACUACAGUCAUCGCCAAGAGAGGCCGUCACGGGCAACACUGUGACUGAUGAGAAGUUUCACAUCAUCGAGUCGGGCUCGUCUAAGCAGACCUUUGAUCGUGUCCACUACAUCUACUUUGACUUCCACUCCGAGACCAAGGGGAUGAAACUCCACCGCGCACAGCUGCUACUGGAUAGGAUGCAGGACGCCCUGGCUGCUCAGCAGUACUUCCGAGCGGUUGAUAUGCCGGCUGGUAUCGAUGGGCGGCUUGAAGUCAGGAACCUGCAGACAUCUGUGGUGCGUACCAACUGCAUGGACUGCCUGGACCGCACAAAUGUGGUGCAAAGCAUGAUGGCCCGGUGGACUUUGGACCGCAUGUUUGUCGACCUUGGCUUGAUGCAACGCGGUGCGACCUUCAAGGAGGAAGACCCCGCUUUCGAGUUUAUGUUCCGCAACCUGUGGGCCGACAACGCCGACGUGGUGAGCAACAGCUACUCCGGAACAGGUGCCAUGAAGACAGACAUGACCCGUCUAGGGAUCCGCACCAAAGCCGGUGCUCUUCGUGACGGGCAGAUUGCUGUCACGCGAUACAUGAAGAACAACUUCCUGGACGGACCCAGGCAAGACGCCUUCGACCUCUUCCUGGGCGUCUACCUCCCAGGUACAGCCUCGGUCGGGCCCAGCCUUGUCUUCGCUGACAGACGGCCCGUCCUCAUUCAGUCUAUUCCCUAUGUUCUAGCCUUCAGCAUUUUCUUUGUCCUUGUUGGCCUGUUCACAAAGCGGCUGCCGGACUCUGCGGUCAUGCCCAUGCGUCUUUUCAUCAUCUUCUGGAUCGUCGUGGGUGCCUGGUCAGCUCGCUUUAUCCUGAAGAACGGCAUGCUCUACGUCAACUGGCCCAAACUGAACCCGCGACCCUAUGUGGCAGAGGGCUACCAGGAGACCAUCAGCAAGGUCAGAAAAGAUCCUCUGCUUGGUUCACUGGUGGCACGGCACGAGCGCGGCCUCAGUGCGGUCAGAUACUCGAACGCAGAAGAGGGCAAGAAGAGGAUCGAAUAGACGCCUUACCCACCAGCACGCACAUACAUGCUAUAUAAAUUUGUACUAAUACACUACACUUCUUUUCCUGCGGCUGGGGUUUCGCGACUUCAUCUCACUGAGUAAGCUGAUUUGAGUUCCAAGACCUGGGUAUCUGGGUAUAGGCUGGCCAUGUUUUUCUCAUUACUUGCAAUAAGAUCUCAGACUACAUUAUCUGAGCGAAUUUCUUUCUUUGGUUCUGUGUUUUGACUAGCAUCUCAUUUACUUUUGGACAGCCAGCCAGGGUGUGCUUGCCUACUUGUGGGUUGUCACUGUCUUUGUCUUGUAGAUAAGAGGCGUACACGCAUCCUCAAUAUAUGUGGGGAAACCACCUGGGAACUCAUCACUCUACGUGUUAAGUAACCUUCUUCCCACUCUGUUGUGGCUGGCAAUCACUGUUCGAGUGGAUUCUCCUACUUCUUGCACACAAAAUGGCAGCAAAAUUAACUACGCGGAGAUACCAAGAGUGUUGGAGGGAGCUGGGCAAAGAGCGUAGGUGAUUCUCUUGAAACAAAAAUCAUAAUGUUGAUC